AUGGUGGGUCCCAUUCUUCGUUCUCUCUGGUCUUCUACAAGAAAAUCCUUCACCCCUUCUUCCCCUCCUUUAUCGCACUCGCGCUUCUUCUCACGCGCCUUCGCUGCCGCUCCCGCCUUCGACCCCGCCGCCACAACCAGCGCCUCCUCCAUCGACCCCAGCCGCCUCCGCAACGUGGCCGUGAUCGCCCAUGUAGACCACGGCAAGACAACGCUUAUGGACCGCCUCCUCCGCCAGUGCGGCGCCGACAUCCCCCACGAGCGCGCCAUGGACUCCAACUCGCUGGAGCGCGAGCGCGGCAUCACCAUUGCCUCUAAGGUUACGUCUGUUACGUGGAAGGAGAACGAGCUGAACAUGGUUGAUACUCCCGGGCACGCUGAUUUUGGUGGAGAGGUUGAGCGUGUUGUUGGGAUGGUGGAGGGAGCAAUUUUAGUUGUUGAUGCUGGUGAAGGUCCACUUGCACAAACGAAGUUUGUUCUGGCAAAGGCCUUGAAGUAUGGGUUGCGACCUAUUCUUCUUUUAAACAAAGUAGACCGUCCUUCAGUUACUGAAGAGACAUGUGAUGAAGUUGAGAGCCUGGUGUUUGAUCUAUUUGCCAACCUGGGCGCUACAGAGGAACAACUAGACUUUCCUGUUCUUUAUGCUUCUGCUAAAGAAGGAUGGGCGUCCACCACGUUUACCAAGGAUCCUCCUCCAGAGACCAAAAAUAUGUCACAGUUGCUUGAUGCAGUUGUAACACAUGUCCCACCACCAAAUGCAAACACUGAUGCGCCUUUCCAGAUGUUGGUUUCAAUGAUGGAACGUGAUUUCUAUCUUGGGCGAAUUUUGACUGGACGCAUAUCAUCUGGGGUUGUUCGUGUUGGUGACCGGGUUCAUGGGCUACGGAAUAAAGAUUCUGGUGCUGAAAAGAUUGAAGAUGGAAAGGUGGUGAAACUGAUGAAAAAGAAGGGUACAAACAUGGUUCUAACUGAUUGUGCUGGAGCUGGUGAUAUAAUAUCAAUUGCUGGCCUGUCUAGUCCAUCAAUAGGCCAUACAGUGGCAACUGUGGAGAUUAUGUCUGCUUUGCCAACAGUUGAAUUGGACCCUCCAACAAUUUCUAUGACUUUCGGUGUGAAUGACUCCCCAUUGGCUGGUCGUGAUGGCACUCAUUUGACUGGGGGGAAAAUUGGUGAUCGACUAAUGGCUGAAGCUGAAACCAACCUUGCCAUUAAUGUGCUUCCUGGCUUAUCAGAAUCGUUUGAAGUUCAGGGAAGAGGAGAGCUACAGCUAGGUAUUUUGAUUGAGAAUAUGAGACGUGAAGGAUUUGAGUUAUCUGUCUCUCCACCUAGAGUCAUGUAUAAAACUGAAAGUGGUCAAAAGCUUGAGCCCGUAGAAGAAGUUACAAUUGAGGUAAAUGAUGAGCAUGUUGGCUCGGUAAUGGAGGCCUUAUCUCAUAGACGAGCUGAGGUUACUGACAUGGGUCCUGUCCCUGGAACUGUUGGUCGAACUAGAUUGUCUUUGACUUGUCCAUCAAGGGGCCUGGUUGGGUACAGGAGUGUGUUCAGCAGUGACACACGUGGAACUGGAUUCAUGCAUCGUGCUUUCUAUGCAUAUGAACAAUUUCGAGGCCCUCUUGGCAAUGUCAGGAAAGGAGUACUGGUGUCCAUGGGUUUUGGUACUAUCACAGCUCAUGCAUUGAUGAGCUUAGAAGCUCGAGGGACUCUUUUUGUAAAUCCUGGAAUGGAGACGUAUGAUGGAAUGAUUGUUGGAGAGCAUUCACGGGAUACAGAUCUUGAUGUGAAUCCAGUGAGGGCCAAAGAACUUACAAAUGUCCGUGCUGCUUCCAAAGAUGAGAAUGUUAAGCUAACUCCCCCUCGCCUGAUGACACUUGAAGAAGCUAUAGGUUAUGUAGCUUCCGAUGAGCUUAUUGAGGUAACACCAAAAGCCAUUCGUUUACGCAAGAAAUACCUUGAUGUUAGCAAGCGGAAAACUAUGAGUAGAAGGCCAAAGGAGUGAAGAGACGACAUAAGUAGAAGGCCAGAGGAAUGAAGAGUUUAUCCUCGAUUAAAUUUUGUAAAAUUCAGUGUACGAUAUAGUCUUUACAAGAAUUUUUUUCUUACCAGGUUCUUGCAUAAUUUAAGUAUUGAUUUAUUACAGGUUACGCAGAAAGAAAUAUUCUUUUGUAGUGAUAAGUAAGUUAACUCAAUUUUGUAUUUCCACAGUAGAGGUUUAAUAAUUGGCCAUGGAACAAGCUGCUCACGGUGAUGAUGCAAUAUCAAAAACGUUUGUUCAAAAGAUUAAACUGUA